CGAGAUAGCAUCCCUCGAGAGCUCACCUGCCUGGUGACGUCAACAGCAGAUAGCAUCAGUGUCUUUACAGCUGGAAGAAGAAGAGAGACAGAGGAGAGGGAGGAGGAGGACUGAUAUUCGGUGCCGAAAGCCUGUCUGGAAGCUUCAGGAAGAUGCUCUCUGGAAUUUAACAGCAACACUGGGAGGACAUGUUGACUUUGCCAUUUGACAAGCCGCCCUCCAACCAGACCAGCAGUCCCUUCAAGACCAGCUGGGCAACCAACCAAUUAGUGAAAUCGGUUAAGCCCGAGCCUGGCAGAGCCCUGGAGGAGUCUGAGAGAGAGGAUGAAGAGCGGGAUGGCGAGGAGGAGGAGGAGGAGGAGGAGGUACAGGAACAAUCGGGCGGUCUGACAACAAGGGGUUCUUACAAGAAGAAGCCGAACCAUGCCCGGCUGGACCGGGUUCGACUGCGGCGCAUCGAGGCCAAUGCGCGGGAAAGGAACCGCAUGCACGGUCUGAACAACGCGCUGGACAGCCUGAGGAAAGUGGUUCCCUGCUACUCCAAGACGCAGAAGUUGUCCAAAAUAGAGACUCUCCGCUUGGCCAAGAACUACAUCUGGACCCUCAGUGAGAUUCUGAGAACCGGAAAAAGGCCGGACUUACUGACGUUCGUCCAGACUCUGUGCAAAGGUCUCUCCCAGCCCACCACGAACCUGGUGGCCAGCUGUCUACAGCUCAACGGCCGCAGCUUCAUGUCGGAACCGGGCGGGGAGUCGUUCUCCCUGUACCCUGCCUAUCACCACCACCACGGACCCGAGGUAGUGGGCUCCAGCACGGCGGACAGCGGCAGGCCCCUACGGCCCUUCGGCUCCUUCUCCGGCCCCUACGAGGCUUUGUAUGACAGCCCAUCUCCAGACUGCUCCAGCUCCUUGGAUUCAGGGGCUCUCAGCCCACCUCUCAACUUCAACGGGAUUUUCUCCCUGAAACACGAGGAACCGGUGGGCUACCGGAGCUGCCACUAUGGCCUCCGCUACUGCUCCAUCAGCCAGCGCUCCUCGGCAGACCUGGGCCCGUAUGACAUCCACCUCCGGGGACAGUUUUACCCGGUGCAGGACAAAUUGAACAAGCCUUUCCACAAUUAACAAACCAUAUAGAGAAACGUCGAUUCAAUAGAAGCCCGAUCAGCCAUCUGAGGAAAAAAUAUUUAGAAUAUUAACGGGUAAUCUUAAUUGAAUGUUAAUUGUCUGGGGACCACAUGCGUUUUGUCGAAGAAUGCUGUGGCCUUAGAAGGACAAUGUGGUAACGUUAUGGUAGACACACACACACACACACACACACACACGCAUGCACACGCACACACAUUUUGUGGUUUAGCUUUGGUUGGUCGUUUAGUUAAAGCUGGUAUUUUUACUAUAACGGAGCACACCGCUAUAAAAGAAAACAAAGGCAAAGGGAACUAUGCAAUACAGACCAGACAGCGUCACAUCGGAAUUAAAAGACCGCGUUUACACAUUAUUAUUAUUAUUAUUAUUAUUAUUAUUAUUAGGCUAUUAUUAUUAUUAUUAUUGUUGUUGUUUACGUAAUUUGUAACGAAUAAUCCACGUUUGUUUUCUUUCUUUGGUGUCAGAUCAUGUGAUUUGUUUUGUGUAUUGAGUGAAACUUUCUAUUGUAUGUUUGUACAUAAUUUGUACACAUAUGCCUGACUCUAUGUAAGCCAUUAAUCCCACAUUGCUUUAGAUAUUGGUGGUAAUAAUGUUCAUACUCAGGCCUUGAAAUGUCCGGGAGAUUAAAUAGGCCUAAAGCAAAGUAAGUAUUCCCUCUGCAGCUAAUUGAAGUAAACGGGAACUUAUUCUGCAGUCAUAUUAAAUGUACAAACAUGUUUUGUGUUCGGGGCGAAGAGAAGAGAAGAAGAAUUUGUUGUUUAAAUGUGAUAUCAUCUUGAUCGUUUUCGCCCUCAUGUGUGGAGGUGCUGCCACUCUUUCCCUCUCUCUUUACCGAACUGUCUUGCCUUAAUUUCAUUUUUAAAAAGGCAUCACAAACGCAAUACAUGUUUGUCAGGCGUUUUAUGGGCGCAUUGCUUUCAGCUAAGAGGUGAAUUUUGGUGGAUGGUCUGUUUUGGUGCGCUGCUUCAUUCAGCUUUGUCACAACUUUGUUUUAUACAACAAAUAAAACACAAGUUCAAACAAAUCAUGAAGGCAUACUAUAUAUUCCUUUGUGUUCUCCCUGUUUAUUUGGAAUUCAGACACAUCAACUGGUCUUUGUAAGACUGGUUUUGCUUUCAGGCGUUGGAUAACUAUAUAUUAUUAAAUAUAAGAUGCUGUAAUAAUAUAUUGAAAGAUAUAUAAUAUCUGUCAGUAUAUGUCUUUAUGUAACAGCAAAGCUGAUGCAUGUGGUAUGUAUGUGCACAGGCGAUGUCUUCCCGAAGAGAAUAUGUGUGUCUGUGCCUGAGAGUGAAACAUCAGAAAGUGUGUUAGGCUGUAAAUGCAGCAAAUUAAUACCUAAUGAAAAAUGAAAAUGAGACUUUGUUCCUAAUAAACAUGAUUAGGGGCGGGUCUAGAGAAAUGGAGAAUUAAAGGGGUGGCAGAAAUAUAUGCUAAUUUACUCACAGACAAUCAUGUCAAUAUCAUCAAUAUUUGCUUGUAAAAGCCCCUAAAUUAAGAUAUCUGAACUCAGAAACAUGACAUUAUUGUGGCACAUUAGUAAAGCACUGGAUAGAAAUAUCUAAAGGUGGCAUUAGAAAUCAAUACGUUUUAUUUUUAUUUAAUCUUUACAUUGCUUGUCUUUUUUAAUUGAAGCCUUUCACUUAGUCUAAAAUGUGGCUAAAUCAUAAAAUGAUAUGUGUUGAUUUCCAUUUUUUAAAUUUAAUUAUAGAUGCAUGUAUCUAACUAAAUCCACUAAAUGUGUUAACUUUGAGAGAUUUUGAUACCAAAAUGGGCUUAAAUUGUAUCUACAUUUUAAAAUAAGAACAAUUAGAACACUCAUACAAUGAUAAUCUGUUGUAGAUAAAUAUUUCUUUUUUCCUAAGAAAUAAGUUCAUAUUUAGCUACAGUAGUGGUUUCUUGGGAACAGGGAAUGAUGCAGUCAGUAGUCCAUGAUAAGUGUUAAGACAGUAAUUAUAUAAAGAGAACGCUCGCUUCUAAUUUCCUGCCUGUCUGUAUUAAAAGCAUAUCUGUACCCAACCGUAUAUAACAAUGGUUGAUUAUGUGGUGAGAGGGUAUGUCAAGCCAUCAUAGUGCUUUUUCACACCAUUCUUUCCCAUACUCUCAGUGUGUCAGGGUGACAGCUAGCAUGCCACUCUUCACACCUUUAAUAAUUAACACACCUUACUGAUGCCAACAUUAGCUGCAAGGUGUCAGCUUCUGAAAAAGCAAAUGGAAUUAACACAUCAUAAAUAAAACCAGCGCUGUGCCAUGUG